AUGGUGGAGAAGAAAUUGAGGGAUAAAGAUGGACGUCGGAGAAUCCUCUUUAAGAGGUUAGACAAGGCACGUAAUUGGCUCAAUGCGGUGCUUGCCAAAUCACCAGUGCAGGACCUUGAGGCUGCUGGAUGGUCCACAGUGCGGGGUUCACACCUCAUCUGUGGCAUCCAAGCCUUUGAGGUAGAGCUGUUCAGGCUGCAGUGGGAUGCGUGGCUUCACAGUCAGACAUCUUCACUUGCGCCAAUGACAACAGCCUGGCAAGCAUUUGCAGCGGCAAAGAAUGCUAAGCGGCCUGCAACGGAGGACGACCAGAUGACCGCAAUCUCCUGGGCUACCAAAGCUCUCAAAGAGGAAGUCAGAGGUCUGACAACAGUGCCGCCGGUGCUGCAUUGGGGUCUGAUCCACACCAAGCAGCUCAAACAGGACAUCAUUGGUCCUCUGCUGUGGAGAAGCCUCAAUGCAGCUACUGAGCUUACUGCAGGGGUCAUGGAAAAGGUCUGGAUGGGCUUUAGAGCAGUGGGGAAUGACAAGGUGAGCACAAAGGCAAAGGACUAUCAAAGCAGGAAGGCAUUGACCUCUUGCACAUAAUACAUGCAUUUAGUGGCUGGAGAUUGCACGCUCUGUGGUACAGGGUGCUGCCCUCACGUCUCAGCCAGCCAGCAACUUGUUUGACCGUGGGGUAACAGUUGCUAAGCAAUGUGCACUGAGCGUCCAGGUGAUUCUGGUCGAUGCAUCUUGCUCUGUCUACACCCUGGGUGUAGACAAAGAGCCCAAGUACUGCUUGGGGGUUGACAAGGAAGGGGUGCCACUUGUGCCUAGCUCUAAGGCUUGGGCCAAGCAAACCUUCUGCAUCCCUCGAGAGCGCUUGCGGGUGGUGGAGGGAGUCAAACCAAAGGUAUCUGAGGCGGAGUAUAAGCUUGAUGCCAGCAUCAGAGCACAUACCGAAUGGAAGAGCAACAAGCUCAACAUUGCUCCGUUGAAGCCUCUUGAGGAUGUGGUGUCACAGGGACAAGAGCCCCAGCUGGCCCUCAUCCUCAAUGCCAACCUGGUGAAGACUCAUGAAGCCACCAAAGAUGUAGAAUUGGUGGAUGGCCAGCUCUUGAGCCAGGCCAGCAUUGCUGCAAUGAAGUGGGAUCUCUUGCACACUGAUGAUUUACUCCUUGGUGUACGCAUGGAUACCCAUGGAGCACAACAGGCUGCUGUGGGGACAGCACUCUGCCAGGCGGCAGUCAAGUCAGCUCUGCUGACUCGAUCAAGCUGGCGGCGGGAGAGUGCACGGACAAACUCUGGGGCUGCUGCAGGGAUUGGAUACCGGUUGGAUCACUGUGGGAAUGUUGGGCCUUACCAAAACACUGGUAAAAAGCUGACUGUAUGUAAUGGAAGGAUUGUUGUAUUGAGAUUUGAGCUGACUGUGUGUUGUCAUUACAGAAAGACCAACAAAACCAACAGGAGGUUCAAGAUGAGAUCAUUUUGGAUUACCUUGAGGGGUUGACAGCUGGAAUCUUGCCUGGACUGCAUAAGGAGCACAGGACAGUUACUAGGGAGGCAGGACUACCAUCUGUGGGGUAUCGAGGGCAUGUGAUGCAGGGAACGGCAGCAACAGGGUAUAUCUCAGGACAUCACACGGUGAGUGGAGAACAGAUUCUCCUUACUGAGUGCUAGCUAAUGUUUGGUUUUUUACAGGAUCCACAUGAUCCAGUGUUCACUGUAGGACUGGAUGUGACAGACAAGAAAAGCUGGGACAAGAUGCCGUCUGGAGGGUAUGAUUUUGGGAUUGGACAACUGGGGAUAAUUAUGCGGAAUGGACCUGGGGUUUUCAUGAUGUGGCGGGGACUAAUAGCCCAUGGGACAACAGUGCCUGGGUGUGAAGAAGAUUUUGAGAGACUGGUGGAAGAGCCUCAGACCUUGGGCUGCGCAGCCUACCUGAAGCCUCCCAUCAUGCAGCAAGCUACAAAACUUACCAAAAGAUUAAUAGCAAGACCACUUGGGGCGCCUGAGGCCAUUAACUUUCAACUUGGUGAUCCCUGUAUAUCAUUUCACUAG